GUGACCCUUUCGAACCACGAAUGUCAUGAGCACGUCUACAAUAAAAGGGAAGGCACCCGCAAACGGUGCUGCAGCUGCUCCAUACGAACUGCCAUGGGUAGAAAAGUACAGACCACAGAACCUCGACGAUGUUGUAGGGAACGUCGACACGAUCGAAAGGCUCAAAGUGAUAGCAAAGGAUGGUAACUGCCCGCAUAUAAUAAUAUCUGGUCUGCCAGGUAUCGGAAAGACGACAAGUAUACAUUGCUUAGCGCAUCAGUUGUUGGGAGACGCGUAUAAAGAAGGCGUGUUAGAGCUGAAUGCAUCUGAUGAAAGAGGAAUCGAUGUUGUACGAAACAAAAUCAAGGCUUUUGCCCAAAAGAAAGUCACGCUUCCACCUGCAAGACAUAAAAUCGUUAUUCUAGACGAAGCAGAUAGUAUGACCCCUGGCGCACAACAAGCAUUGCGUCGGACGAUGGAAAUAUUCUCGAAUACAACUCGAUUUUGUUUGGCAUGCAACAUGUCUAACAAAAUUAUUGAGCCAAUACAAAGUCGUUGCGCUAUCCUACGUUACGCAAAGCUGAGAGAUACAGAGAUUCUUAAACGACUACUGGAAAUUUGUGAGAUGGAGAAGGUUGAAUACAAUGAUGAUGGCCUUACUGCGCUCAUUUUUACUUGUGAAGGUGACAUGCGUCAGGCUAUUAACAACCUCCAGUCAACACACUCAGGGUUCGGUUUCGUAUCUGGCGAGAAUGUCUUUAAGGUGUGCGACCAACCACAUCCAGUAAUCGUGCAGAGCAUUAUCCGCGCCUGCCUGAAGGGUGAUAUCGAUGGGGCUAUGGGGAAGCUGAAUGAACUCUGGGAGCAAGGUUACAGCGCAGUUGAUAUUGUAGUGACGGUGUUCAGAGUCGUGAAGACAUUUGACGAAUUACCUGAGUAUACCAAAUUGGAGUACAUCAAGGAAAUUGGGUUCACGCACAUGCGUAUACUGGAAGGCGUAGGAACAAUCAUACAGUUGGGUGGGCUUGUAGCGCGACUGUGCAAAUUAAACAUGAAACCAGAGCUCUUCCGUGUAUAGAUAGGCGAUCUCCUUAUACUUCUGACGUUAUGCUAUCUUCAAGAUCAUUCAAAAGAGAUUACUACUAUACAUGUUCUUGGAUGUUAUCCCGCAUUACGCUAAGCACCAGUAUGGAGGUCAGUAUGUAUAGAUCCAUUACUGUAAGAAUGAUGCUGCGCUAGUCCGAGUC